AGAUAGCAAGGGCUGACCUGGAGAACUUUCUGGCACAGCCCCUUGGUAACUGUUUGUGGCUGCUCCAGGGGACUGCCGUGCAAGAGAGUAAGGGAGCAAGACCUGUCUGGCAAAGGGGGAGGUUGGCACAAUAGGCCAAAGUCAAGUUGAGCUGCCUUCUGGGAAAGCCCAGAAGAGUUGCUGUCCAGAGAGAGGCUCUGAUGGAGCUGAUUUGCCCUGAUUGACUUGUCUUAGAAGCCUGGACUCCCUGACCUUAAGGCCAAGCUAAAGAACAAUUCUCCUAUCCCUGAAGGUGAGCACUAAGGAUAUUUGCACAUGAGCCCUGAAGGGAGCCUCUGAUACAUUGCCUGCAGCAAGAAAACAGAGCAACAUGAAGGACAACGUGGCAUCCACCAUUGCCUUCAUCCUGCUACUUUGCCUCAACAUCAGUUUUCUGAAUGGACAAUCACCACCUGGAAAACCUGAGAUCCUCAAAUGUCGUUCUCCUGAUAAGGAAACUUUCACCUGCUGGUGGAAACCUGGGACAGAUGGAGGACUUCCUACCAAUUAUUCACUGACUUAUGUUAGAGAAGGAGAUGAAAACACCUAUGAAUGUCCAGACUACAAAACCAGUGGCCCCAACUCCUGUUUCUUUAGCAAGAAGUACACAUCCAUAUGGAAAAUAUACAUCAUCACAGUAAAUGCCACUAACCAAAUGGGAACCACUGCCUCAGAGCCACUUUACGUGGAUGUGACUUACAUAGUUGAGCCAGAACCUCCUCGGAACUUGUCUUUAGAAGUGAAGUGGCCAAAAGACAGAAAACCAUAUCUGUUGAUAAGAUGGUCCCCACCCAACAUAACGGAUCUAAGAAGUGGUUGGUUCACAAUGGAGUAUGAAAUUCGAUUAAAGUCUGAGGAGACAGAUGAGUGGGAGAUUCAUUUUGCAGGGCAGCAAACACAGUUUAAGAUUUUCAGCUUAUAUCCAGGACAAAAAUACUUUGUUCAGACUCGCUGCAAGCCAGACCAUGGAUACUGGAGCAGAUGGGGCCAAGAGAGUGCCAUUGAUAUACCUAAUGACUUCACCAUGAAAGAUACAACCGUGUGGAUCUUUGUGGCUGUUCUUUCUGCUGUCAUCUGCUUGAUUAUGGUCUGGGCAGUGGCUUUGAAGGGCUAUAGCAUGAUGACCUGCAUCUUUCCACCAGUUCCCGGGCCAAAAAUAAAAGGAUUUGAUACUCAUCUGCUGGAGAAGGGCAAGUCUGAAGAACUCCUGAGUGCCUUAGGAUGCCAAGACUUCCCCCCCACUUCUGACUGUGAGGACUUGCUGGUGGAGUUUUUAGAAGUGGAUGACAAUGAGGACGAACAGCUAAUGCCAUCCCAUUCAAAAGAGUACCCAGGUCAAGGUGUUAAACCCACACAUCUAGAUCCCGACAGUGAUUCUGGCCAUGGAAGCUAUGACAGCCAUUCUCUUUUGUCUGAAAAGUGUGAGGAGCCCCAAGCCUAUCCCCCUACUUUCCACAUUCCUGAGAUCAUUGAGAAGCCAGAGAAUCCCGAAGAAAAUAUUACUCCCAUCCAAGACCCCCAGAGCAACAUCCCCUAUUUUCAUGCAGAUGUGUCCAAAUCUUCAACAUGGCCUUUACUGCCUGGCCAACAUAUGCCCAGAUCUCCUUACCACAGCAUUGCUGAUGUGUGCAAGCUGGCCGGAGCCCCUGUAGAUGCAGUGGCCUCUUUCCUGGACAAAGCAGGAAAAAAUGCUUUAAAAUCUUCUAAAGCUUUUGAGACUGGAAAGGAAGAAAAGGUGGCUAAGCAGGAGAUGGAAAGCCUCCAUUCAAAGACUAAAGAAGAGACAUCAUGGCCACUGCUCCAGGAGAAAGCCUCCUUUAUCUAUGCUAAACCCCUGGAUUACGUGGAGAUUCAUAAGGUCAACAAAGAUGGAGUACUAUCAUUGUUACCAAAACAGAAAGAAAACUGUGACCAGGUGGAGAAGCCUCGGGCUUCUGAAACCAGUAAAGAAUAUGCCAAGGUGUCUGGGGUUACAGAUAACAACAUCCUGGUCUUAGUGCCAGAGUCACAAGUUCAGAACAUGGCUUUGUUUGAGGAAUCAGCCAAGAAGGCUCCAUCACCUCUUGAACAGAACCAAUCUGAGAAAGACCUGGCCAGCUUCGCUGGAACAUCAAGCAACUGCAGGCUCCAACUGGGCAGGCUAGAUUACCUGGAUCCUACGUGCUUCAUGCACUCCUUUCAUUAACAGCUAGACUAAUGGAACGAUUGGUUCAAAUGUGAUUUUUCUUCAGGUAACACUAAAGAGUCAUGAAAUAAUAUGGUCUGCUAACAAAUGCUACAGAAUAUGGGCAAAAGUAACACUACUUUCUCCUUUUCUUGUUCCAUGUUCAACGCUCGCCUCUUUCCAACAGCUGAUACCCAGAGCAAAUCAGUCUUGUCUCCUGACUGUGAUUUGUAGAUUUGCUUUUUGCUUAAAAAAAAAAAAUUAUGUGUUCAACAAAAUAAAAGCACACUGCUUAGUAUUCUUGCAGGAUGGUGCCAAUAGGUGUAGCCUCUGGGAUGGAUUUGGCAUGUGAUACAAGGAAGUAAAAGUCAAAAUGAUUUCUCAUAAGAAAAUGACAGAUAUUUGGAAAAUGCCUUGAGAACUGCCUUUGAAAACCAAUUACUAAACCUUUACCCUCCUCUUUCAUAUCAUUAGGGUGGCCCAAAUAUAGUACCUUUUUAAAAGAAUACAUUCCAGGACACCUGUCAAAUUGUUUACAUCCUAUACCUUACUGACACAUCGCCUGUACACAGAUGAAAUAAUGCCUUCAAUCAUAAUGCCUCUUUCUUGAGAUCAUUUGAAUAUGCUAAGCAUGGAUUCCCUAGCCUAAACUUUGUUUCAUUCUAAGGCCCCUAGAGUAUGUAGUUUUGGAAAGUAAAAUUUUCUUACACAAUAGGAAAAUGAAUUCCAUGUGGUAAAUCAUUUCAGAAAGUUUUCCUCCUUCAUUUCAGCAGGAAGGACAAUUUAUUAUAUACCCUAGUAUUUUCUUAGCAAAAAUAAAAAUCCCAAAAGGCUAACUUUAAUUUAAAAGAUAAUCAUAGCAAGAUGCUAACAGAAAUGCUGCCUUACUGUACAUACAAAUCCUACUUUAAUACAAACCCAUACAUUUAGCAAUGUAUUUUUGAACUAUUUUUCUAUCGCUUAGGUAAAAUAAAAGACUAUUUUCUAUUUUCCAAGUACAGCUGUUUAUGUAUUCAGUGGGCACAGUACUUUCUGCUGCAAGGUUAUAAAGAGUAUCAAAGUACAUAAUAGUAUUUACAGUCCCUGUUUGUGAAAUGAAAUGCCACGCCCAUCUGAAGCCCACUGAGGAAUGUGAAGUAGAUGAAAAAAUUAGUUUGUAAUACAACAGAGUACAGCUUCUCCGGUCCUUUUUAUCUCAAGAAUACUUUAAACAACAAUGACCAAUGACUUAAGGUUUUAGACCUCUCCAUAGACCUAAAGUAAUUUCUGCUCUGAGUUUAGAGCUUCUAUCUACCUGUGGAUGAGUCUGAUGAACCACCAUGAAAAAAGGUGAUUCCUAAUACAGUUUCCACAGUGGAGAUUUGGCUUCAUUUUGUGUUUUUUUUUUUUUUCUUCCCCCUGAGAAAUCAGGGACAUAAAAGAUCUCUUUGGAGUAAGAUGCAUUUGAAAAAUCUUGGCAGAGACUGUACUCACGUCAGGAACAUCCAGAAAAAAGUUUUAGAAGGCAGACAUCGGUUUAGUGAUAGGAAGAGCUUUAAAGGUCAGGCAGUGGUAGAGAGAAUCUUCAAGUCAGUUCCACGGGCAGGCUUCCUGAGGAGGGGCCAUACCUUGGAUUUUCAUUUCUAUAGGAGCAUCCAGGACUCAUCUACUGCACACUGCCUUCCUGUACUUUUCAUUUCACCUACUGGAAAAUCUAUUCUCUGUCCAUUCUCUAGCUGAAUAUAGAAAAUCUGAACUCCUCUCUGAGUUAAAUACUUUACCCAACAAGCACAUGUUGGGUGGAAUUAGACUCAGAGGUUCCCUAAUGAUUGAAAGUGGACACAUAACUGAGGCUUUGAGAAAUACACAUGCAAACACCUGAAGCUCUAUUUCCAGUAAUAAGCAUCUUAUGAACAACAGAAGCAUUUGGACAAGUGAUGUGAUCCAAGGUCAUCCAACACCCUAGAUCCUCACUACUCAGUGUCUGAGGUCCAACUGUAUUGAUAUCAUGUCGGCACUGUUUGGAAAUUUUGGUUGCAGCAUCUCACACUUCACCUCAGACCAACAGAACCAGAACCUGUAUUUUACCAAAAGCCCCUUAAUAAUUCAUGUGCACAUUGAAGUUGGAGAAACAUUGAUCUCAACAACCAUCUCCACUAAAAUGUUCUUUUCCUCUCUUGAAAAGUAUGGAGCAAGUUUAUUUAACUUGAAAUGAGGAAACAAAAACAAAACUAUUAAUGGUCUGAGAUUCAUAUGAAGCUUAUAUGAAGUCACAUGAGAGAAUGAUCUGCAAAGCUUACACAACUUCCAAGAGAGUCAGAGAACAUAAUCCACCUUGAAAGAUACUGACUGAAGAAAAUUACCUUCAAAAUCAAUGCAAAUUAAGCCUUUUCCAGCAAAGUCUAUUCUCCAGGAGCUAGAGAUAGAUAUAUAGAGAGAUUAGAUGUAGAUGUAUAUUUAUUUAUAAAAUAUGACUGAUAAAAUCGAUAGUGCAUUAUUACUCACAGUUGUAAAAUUUAAAAGCAAUCUGCCUUGGGUAUAUAAUUUUACAUACAUGAAAAAUUUUAUGAUGGGCUAAAGAUACAUUGUAUCACACAAAAAUCAGUUAACAUUAAAUGAAGUCAAGUUCUAUGAUUGAGUAGUUUGAGUUUACGGUCUAAUAUGUUUUUUGUUGAAAGGCAGAUGCUUGAAUGAAAGAAUGCCUAUUAGGAGACAGGACACCUGGGUUCUAGUCUUGUUUUUUCUUGGAAAGACCAGUUCACCUUUCUGGAUUUCAGUUUUCUAACUAUAUAGAACCAAUACUCUCUAAGGCCUUUUGAGGAAUGGAAUCAUCUCCUUGAUUCCAUGACUUACUGAAUAAUUUGAAAUAAUGCCUUGUAUUUUGAGUAAGCUGUCAAAAAAUUGCUCAUUAUAGAAAUGCAGAGCAAUCUUCAGUGAUGUACUAAUCAUGGUUGACUUUUUAAAUGAUCAUCUCCAGGUUUGCCUUUGCAUAUUGCACAUGUACCUAUAUAGACAUAUAAUAUAGUAAAUUGCACAUGGAUAUAGCAUAAGUUUUCAUCUAAGAUCAUGUGCAAAUAUGUGUGCAGAGAGAACAUAGAAAAGAGACACAGUGAGACACUAAUAUUUUAGAAAACAUAUUUUUUACUGCAUCAAGCCAUGCUCAUUUCUGGAUGAAUCCAACAGCCUCAAAUCUCUUUUCUUAUAUUUGGCUGUUGAGUAUUUUUCCCUAUCAGCACAGUUAAUGAAUAACCAUUUCACAAGUUGUUUAAAGACCCUUGUGCUCUGAGUUAUAGUUAUAGUUGUAUAAACAAUUAUCUAAAAAAUUUAAGUUAUGAAUAUAUGAUUUGUGGGAGUUUAGAACACAAAUGGCAAGAUGUUCUUUGAUAAGUUUAAUAAAUAUAAGGAACUUUAAUAUGAGCACAAAUUACUGCCAGCUGUGACAUUGAUUUUUAGUAGAUGAUAUAUUCUCCUAAGUGCCUGAGACCUAUUCUGGUAGUCAGUUAUAAGUUAAUGACUCACUGUAGCCUGGUUUUGUGGGACCCAAUCAAUCUCUUAUUGUUUGUAUAGUAUCAAAGCUGAAAGAUUCCUUGUCUGAGAUGACGCAACAGAUUGGUGAAUCCUGAGCUAAUGAGCAACCAGAGGACCCAGACUCAAGGGGAAAUUUGUCCUGGAGGGACAUUUAGCUCACCCGCUCUCUCUCUUCUUCCUUCCUUCCUUCCUUCCUUCCUUCCUUCCUUCCUUCCUUUUCCUUUCUUUUUCAGCUUUCCUCUGCUACCUAUCAUUUUCAAAAAGACUUGGAAUGCCUUUAGCAACUUCCCUGUCCUUAUAAUAAGCAAGAAAGAAACAGAUCUUAUAUGUUUUACAAAGUGCCUUUCUUUAUGUUUUUUUAAAGGUUUCAUUUUGAAAGAAAUGUUUAAUUGGAAAGUAAAAUAUAUCUUACAUGGAUUUCUUUUAAAUAAAUGAAGAUGUUUAAAAAAAGAAAAGCCAGAAAGGGAAUGACUAAAUGAUCUAAAGACUGACCAGCAAAAUGUUCACAGAUUUUUGGAUGUUCUUUAAUUGAAUCAUCACAGAACUGAAUCAUCACAGACACUGAAUCGUGUCAAUUAAUUUGCCUGAGUUUGAGUAUGAUUUGAAGAUAAGCAUGCCACCCUGUGAUUCAAGGCUUCCCAUUCUGAAUGAUAUUGAUUCAUUCUUGAAUGUCAUUGAACUGCAUGCCAUGUCCUGAGGAGGACAAUGUGUACAUUUUGAAAUUCUGCACACACAUGGAAAAGUAAGGAUGAACUUGAAUUUAUAUUCCCAAACUUGCCAUUGCUGAAAGCCUCACUGUACUUCAUUGAACAGGUUUCCUCUUCUGCCUUUUUGUCUCAAGCACAAUAUUGUUGCUGCUAGGAUAGUCAUGGAACCCUACAUGUCCAGCUUCAGGUCACAUCACUGCCACUAAACAGGCUGAAUGACCUUGAUAAGUUCUUUUAAUUCUGGCCACGGGUUCCCUCUCUUGUUAAAUCAGUAGGUCAGCCAACAAAUGUUUCUAAGAUUUCUUCCAGAUCUGUCUUUAAUACUCAUAUUUAAAUAAAAUCUGAGAUGGUAGGUCAAAGCCCAGGUGCCAUUCAGAAAUCACUGCUGACAUGCCCUUGAACUAGGCAGUGAGUACCCAGAACUGUAUCUGCAAAAACACUUAACAGAAGAACUGAGAUCCUUUCCUCCACGUCAGGUAGACUCAGUAUUCUUGCUUCUCUGCUUCCUUCUUAGCUCUGCAUCCUCACAGCCUUUAACCGUCCCUCUUCCCCGGGUCUGUUAUUUUUUUCCUAAAGGUUAAUCAUGUACAGUAACAACCUUAGGUCUACAAGAAACAAAAUUACCCAUAAACAAUGACUUCAGCUCUGCAUAAAAUAGACAAAUGUUAAAUCUCUGAACAGAAGAACAGAAAUAAGCCCAAAUUGAGGGUCACAAGUAAUAUUCCAUUUAGAUACUUUCACAUUUAAAUAUUCAAACUCAUAUUCAUUAUUUAAUAAAUCUGAGCCAUCUUGAGGAGUAGGUAUUGACUGUAUUAAAGGGAAACUUGAAAAUAUAUACUGUUUGCUUCAGAGCUUAUGAUGUAACCAGAAAUCCUGCUUAUAAGUACAAUUCUUUCCUAUUAUUACUAGAUAUAUCAUCUGUGAAUCACACAGGAACUUCCAAAGUGUAGGGCAUAUCAGGACUCCACAAAAUACCGAGUAGCCAAAGCGCAUUGAAAAUGAUAAAUCUAUAAGCAAUUGUGAGUUAAUUACUGAGAGGUACACCUAACUCACAACGCCAUAGGUGAGCAGCUGUGCUGUUCACAGCAGGUCCUUCAAUUUCCAUUUAUAAAGCACCCGUCUAUAUAGUAUGGUCAAUGAGUACUGGCACUCACAGAUAAUGCAGUCUUAAGUUUUUCUCUUCAAGUCUUGGGGAAGGGGUCUUAUCGCGUUCUCUAAACUGGAAAAACUGUAUGAGAAAAAUGCCGCUAAAAAUAAUUUGUUUUACCAAAUUCAUGAGAAAAAGAUUUCAAAUUUUUAAAGCUACCUCCCCUCAACAUUCUAACGACCUUCCUUCAAAGCUGCUUAUAACUUAGAAAUGAAAGGUCACCACUUACGUUUUGACUGUUUGAGGUGGCAUAUUUGAUGUGCUUCUCAUGUGAUAACCCUAACUUUAAAGUAACUGUUAUUUUACACUGUGUUGCUUUCUGUGGUUCAAAACCAUUACAUGCCAUAUUGAAAUAUUUAAUCUUCAUGUAAAAUUUAUCAUGUAAUACAAAUGAAAAUCAUUAUUUAAUGACUUAUGAUCUAACCAUAUGUAAUUUCAAUAUAAUUAUGUCUAUGUCUGUAAAACAAAACUAAAAACUAUGUAAUCAUAUAUGUAAUCAUAUAUUUCUGUUGAAACUGUGAAUGUACUAAUUUUUUCGUUAAUUUUUGUCUACAAGUGGCAUUGUAUACCAUGGUAUAGCCAACCUGGGGUGUUAGUUUGUUUGAAGUACAAUCCACCAAUUAUUAGACUAUCAACCCCUUGGCUUUGCUUCAUGUGAUUGCCGAGUUUUCUUCAGUGUUAUUUACACCAUGGGCCUUGAUUUUGUGCUUUAUCAUUGAUUUUAAAAAAUCUAAGAGUCUCAUGUAGAAACCAAAGCAAUCUAGAUGCAACCCAUUCAAUGAUCGUGUCUUCUGUAAAGCCAUAUUGGAGUGAAGACGCCGCUGUAGCAUAAGGUUUCAUAUUUCCAAAGCUGCCACUACCUCUCUUCCUCUUUCCCUAGAAAAUGUCAGGCAAAAUGAAACCUUAAGUGGGAAAUUAGAAGUGAUUGUUACAGUAAGUUGCUGUUGUUUUUUUACCCAAGAAGACACCUUCUAAUUCACUACUUUGCAAAUUUAUGCUAGGUUUUCUGAAUAACCAUUCUUAUGUUUUGAUGUUAUGGAAAUUGGCUGAUGAGUAAAGUGCAGAAAGACUACACAGAAAGUCAUCAGAUAAAAACAAAGUGAAAACCAUAGAGUGCAGAUAUUUUUCCUACUUUUAAGUUACAUCAAGGUGUUUGGCCAAAGCCAUUACAAUCUAUUUCAUUAUAUUAAAAAAUUCCCAGCUCAGUGCCUGGCUGAAAAGUGUUCAUUUUCCUUGUUUACCCAUCUUCUAUCUUUUUCUAAUUUGAAAUACAAAUGUAUAGAAUUACAUGUAUAUAGCUGAGCAAUUUUCUUAAAUAAUUUUUCUGCUAAAAGAUCUAUAAUUGUGAAUUUAAAUUUUAAUUUCUCCAAAUGUCCAAGAAAUAAUAUUCUCCUUAUUUUAUUUUAGUCAUCAAAUAUAUUAUGGUAUGGGAAAAGUCAGCCAUUUUUCAGAAAUAAUCUUGUUACUGUUUUAAAGACUCAUUUCUAUGUGUCAUUGUUUUGUGAUGUCUACUUUUUUCUUUUUUAGCCUUAAUGAUUAUAGAAUGAUAGUCAUCUGAUUUGUCUCUUGAACUUUUUAUUCUGUAAAUCUUGGGUUACUACACAUUGUGUUUCCUGUUUUUCAUGGAUUUAUUCAUGUAUCUCCAUCUGUUUUGUGGGGACAACAUGGACAGUUAAAUCUUUGUCAAUGAUAUGAAGAUUAUGCUAACUUCUCUCACAUCAUUCUUACUGCAUGCCAAAAACAAUGCUUGCCAAACAGAAUCAGACAUCUCAGAAUAAUAUGGUCAUUAUGUUUCUAUUUGUGUCAUUAUUGAAAACACCCAGCUCAGUGCCUGGCUCAAUAAAUGUUUAUUUCCCUUGCCUAUCCUCCAAUUUUUUUAUUUGAAAUGGGAAUGGGCAGAUAUGUGUGUGACUAAAGCAAUUUUCUUGACGAUUUAAUAAUGAAUUAUCUAUAAUCAAGAAAUUGUUCAUGAACCAAACAGAUCUUCACAUUUGUACUCAACCUGACAAGUGAUUACAAAGCAAAAUUUCUCUCCUUUAGCUCAUCUGUGUCAUAUAAAUUGAUUAAAAAUAAAGUGGGAUGGAAUUGGAUUAAUGGGAAUCAAAUAAGAGAAGCUCAUUUAAAUAUUGUGAAAUAAAAACGGGCCAACCCGUCAAAAACUAAAUAGAA